AUGGAAACCGAAUCGAGCUGCAGCGCGCUGCCGAGUCUUGAUCCGUUUGCGCUGGCGAACCGGCUUCCAGGAGAUGAAAAUUUUCCUCGAGGCUGCCUGACUCGCCUCGCGACCGCGAACGAAGACCACACGACGACGCCCGCUGACUUGCUGGGAUCAUGGUUCUGGGUGGAGCACCCGACGAAGCUGUGGACUGUCGCGCGGCUGGCUGAAAUCCGGGCAGGGGGAGAAAAUGGUGCCGACGGUCUUCAAGCGAACGCCGACGCCACCUGCGUCGUCGAAUUCCAAGAUGGCGGAUUCGCGGAAAUGCGCCUUUCCGACCUACGAGGCAGCGUCGACUCGCCGAGUCUCCUCAGAGGCGUCGACGACUUGCUAUCUCUCGGCGAGCUGACAGAAGCGUCGCUGCUCCACAGUCUGCGCACUCGUUUUUUUCGCCGCGAAAUCUACACUGCGAUCGGCACACACAUCUUGGUCUCGAUCAACCCGUGUGAGCCUCUGCCUUCUCUCUUUGACAAGGUCGCGAUGGAGGCUUGCCGGAAAGCCGCUGCGGCGCAGCAACUCGCGUGCGACCUCCAGCAGGGCGCGGGUCCCGCUCCAGGGGACAGGAGCCGCGGCGAAGAGGCAGCUGUCUCCGGCUGCGAGGGCGCCCCAGGGUGCGAGGACGCGGCGAGCUUCGAGGAAGUGAAUAAGCCGCACAUCUUUACCACCGCUCAGCACGCGCACACGAGGCUGUUUCGAGAGGGUAGAAGCCAGUCGAUCAUCACCUCAGGCGAAAGCGGAUCUGGGAAGACCGAGGGAACCAAGUUGAUUCUUCGAUACCUCGCGCACCUUAAGCCUCUCAGCGACGCCUGGGCGGACGAAGGCUCCCAGCAGCCCAUCUCCCUCGAAGAACGGGUGUUGAACACGAAUCCGGUCUUGGAGGCCUUCGGGAACGCAAAGACAUGCCAGAAUGACAACUCGAGCCGCUUCGGGAAGUUUACUCUGAUUUACUUCGAGCCGCGCUCGCAGCGAAUCUCUUCGGCGUGUCUGCACACGUAUCUGUUGGAGACGUGCCGGCUAGUGAGGCACUCGUCUGCGGAGCGGAAUUUCCACGUUUUUUACCAACUUGUUGACGGCGCGGCCGCGUGCCUGUCGCCCGCGUUCGUGACGGAGCUGCUUCUCUCGCCCUCUUCGUCGACCGCCUCGUUCGCCUACCUCAUCCCACAGAGGAGCGGGCGUCGCGAGGAGACAGCGGGUCCGGAUGGGGGACUGGCUGGUGAGGCCUUCGCAGCAGACGUCCUCGAUAAGAAGAAGAACGCGAGCGAAUUCCGCGAGCUCCUCUCGUGCUUCACGCACCUCGGAUUCACCCAGGAUGAACAAGAAAAUGUCCUGCGCGUCCUCGCUGCCAUUCUCCACCUCGGCAACCUCCGCUUCAAAGACAUGCCUGGAGGCGUCGGACCCCGAGUCCUCGAGUCCGACGACGAGGACGAGCAGGGCGACGCGGAAAGCGAAUCCGAUGACGAAGAAGAUCCGGAGGAAGACAGGGAAAAAAGCAAGGUGGAGGCGAUUGCGAGGCUGCUGUGCAUCGACGCCGAGGAUCUCGCAGAGUUCUUCCGCGUCCAGCGGUUUGUUGAUCCAGUCACCAGGCAGGAUCUCCACCUGCCGCGCACCGCCGAGAAGGCCGCAGAGGUUCGCGAUAUGCUGGCGAAGUUCGUGUACAACAGGUUGUUCAGUUGGCUGGUUUGUCGCCUCAACCGAGCCGUGGAGGACUCCGGCCUCAGAGACUCCUCUCCGUCGCUUCACGUCCCGCCCUCGCCUUUCAGCGUCUCCUCGGCUCGCGAGAACGUGCCGCCAUCGCCGAGUGGCGCGUGGGACGGCAGGAGCAAGUUUGCGCGGCUGUCGUCGCUGGCGCCGGGCUUGAGAGGCGCCGCGGAGGGGGAGCCCAGACUGUUCAUCGGCUUACUGGAUAUCUACGGCUUCGAGGUCUUUGAGGAGAACUCUUUUGAGCAGCUCUGCAUCAACUACGCGAACGAGAAGCUGCAGCAGCACUUUAACCACCAUAUCUUCUCCCUCGAGCAGGCCGCGUACGCCGCCGAAGGGAUUGCGUGGGAGCAGAUUCCGUUCACCGACAACGAGGCCGUGAUUGACGGCCUCGAGCGCAAAGUGACCGGUCUGUUUGCGCUGCUGGACUCGGAGAACAUCAUGCCCAAGGCAACCGACCGCUCGUUCCUCAGAAAAAUCAUCGCGCAGGACCAGGGCGACCUCGCGCCCAUUCAGUCGCCUGCAAACAAACUCAAAGAGGCGACUCACUUCAAAAUCGUGCACUACGCAGGCCCGGUUGAGUACAGCGUCGACGGUUUCUUGGAGAAGAACAGAAGUUCGUGCAGCCGCGAGAUCGCAGAUUUGAUACGGACAACAGGCUCGCCUUGCCUGGAGGAGUCUUCGACCCUGUCGCUGCGCGAAGACGACCUGCGGCACUUCUCCUCCACCUCCACGACCUCCUUAGGCCGCGGCGUGUCGACAGGCUUCGACGGGGCUGUGGGCACCUCGCGGAGACUGAAACAAUCUGUCUCUGCGGUCUUCAAAGAACAAGUACGGGGGCUGCUCAGCACGAUUGCAGCUACCGACCCGUUCUACGUUCGAUGCAUCAAGCCGGCUGCCGAGAAGGGGCGACGAUUCUUUGACGCGGCGGACGUCCUCAGGCAGCUGCGAUGCGCGGGCGUGUUGGAGACUGUGCGGAUUCGCCGCGACGGGUACCCCGUUCGCCUGCCGUUUGCAGGUUUCCUGGGGCUGUUUUCUUGCCUGGCCUCAGAGGCGCAGCUCUCCGAGGCCGCCUCGGCGUCGCCCUCGCCCGCAGCAGCGGCCGCAUUGCGCAGCGGGAGCAGGGACGGAGAGACAGGCAAAAACCGCGAAGCGUUUGUGGGAAACUCCGCCCAGCAGACUCAGCGCGACCGCGCCCUGUGCGAAAACCUGCUUCAAGCCCUGACCCUGAAACUCGCCGGGGAUGGCGUCCUCGCUGACCACGCCGCCGGCUGGCAAGUCGGCAAAACAAAGGUUUUCCUCAAAAAGCCACUCGUGGACGCUCUCGACCGAGUCGCGGCCCAGUUCCGCUUCCGCGCGGCCACCUGCAUCUCCAGGCACUUCCGCGGGUUCGUUGAGCGGCGCCGCUACCUGCAGACGCGAGCGACAAUUCUGCGGCUCCAAAGUCGCUUCCGCGGCGUCCUGCGCUUCCGCCGCCUCGUUCGCGAAUUCCACGAGAGGAAGGAGCGGCAGCGCCAGGCGCUCGCUGCGGAGAGCCCCGAGGAGACGCCUGAGCCACGCGAGGAGGCUGCGGAGCGAGACGCGACGGCAACGAACGCAGGAGACCUGCAAGGAGCCCUGUGUGCGCCGGAGUGUGGCGAGCCGUGCACAAUCAGAGGAGAUGCAUCCGAGGCAGACGAGGAGAUUGAACCAGCGCAGCGUGAACAAGAGGCAGCGGCGCGGGCGAGGAGCCUAGUAAGCGUGGGCGGGCGACCUGAGAGCGUCUCGAAGGCCACGCAGCAGGCGAGGGGGGAGGGCAGACGCCGCCGGCAGACGCGAGAGGGUGUGAGUGAGUCGAGCUCUGCAGAGGAAAGCGAGACAGGGCUUUACGAGCGAAAACUGCGGCAGGCGCGGCGGCGCGCCUCGAGACGACACGCCUCGAGGUCGCAGAACGAGGACGACCUCUCUGCUGAGGACGACGGAGUCUCUGAGCGAGGUGCGAGAGCCAAGAGAGAGAGAUGCCAGGUCGCAACCGCCUCCGAGCUCCUGGAGGAAAGACGAAGAAGCCAAACCUCGACCUGCCGCCUUCGAUCGACUUCUUCGGCGGACAUCGCUUGGUCCUGCCUCGCGCGUUCGCGAAAAUCCAAGCACCGGAGCGACAAACACCUGCGCAGAGCUCUGCUCGACCUUCUCCUCGCGACUGACGAUCGCAGCGAAUCGUCUUCGGCGUCCGACGCCGAAGAGCUGCGCCGAUACUUGCGCCGCCGGGACGCGCAGGUCGCUGCGAGGCGACGGCUGAACGGCAGCGGGGGCGUGCUCGAGGAUCUCGCGGCGUUGGAGACGCGCCUGGACGCGAUGGAGGACACCGUGACGAAGCUGUUUGCACUCGACGCGGCGACGCAGGGCGCGCGCGAUCACCGUGCCAAAGAGGCUCGCCCAAACGACGGGAUGCAGCGCGCCCUGGGCGAGGCGCUGGCGCUGUUGGCGCAGAAGUACCUGAAGCUCGAAGGCAAUCUAAGGAAGCUGCGCGGGCGCAAGGUGGCGACCGCUGCUCCCGCAGGCCCGCGAGAAGCAUCUCGCUUUGUUUCUUCCAACAGCCAACUCCCAGCCGAGGCUGCUAAAGAUCCUGACCCAGCCUUGGGAGCGGCUUCGCGUGACGUCUCGCGGCUCCUUUCGUCCGUCCUGCUGUCAGACGCGCAGCAGCGCGAAGUCGAGCGCUACCUACUGUCGGUGUCCGCGACGCGCCAGGCGUCUUCGGGCUCUUCUCGCUCGGUCUCGUCGCAGCAGGACGACGGCGCCAAGGGUCUCUGCGUCCUCCUCGCUCUCGGCUUCCACGAGUUCCUCCACUCCUCGCUCUCAGGGCACGCGGACUUCCGCAUGCUGCCCGCGAUCUACGCCCUCUCCCCAUGCAACGCCGCCGCGAAGGCGCGGCGCCAGCGCAGCGGGUCGCGCCAGAAGGCCGCAGAAGGAGAGCGGAGAGCCGCGGAGAGGAGCGACAGGUGGUUUACGCGUGAAGAGAAGGCGAGCUCGCGGCGAGCUUUGCAGCCAGCCGCCGAGGCAACGCGCGAAGAGGAGGAGGAGGCCGCCGCGUGUGCGGCCCUUGCGCAGCAGAUCACCGCUCUGCGGGAGAUGCGUGCUCAAGAGGAGGAGAGCCAGAGGGAAGCGAGCAGGCGCAGCCACGACCCCCCGAGUGAGUACUUUGAGGCGCACGAAGACCUCGACGCCCUCUCUCGCCGUCCCUCCGCCGCGGAGCGUCGCGCGCCGAGUCGAGGCCCGCAUGCGGCGCGCCUCCUCGCGCCCGAAGAUUUCCCCGCGAGCGAGGACGCCUGGAAUACGCGUGCUGCGGAGGCGACGGGCUUCUGGACUCGGCUCUUCAGGCGGCUUCGCGGGUCGCCCGUCUCCACUGUCUCUGAUGACGAAGGCGACGGCAGCGGCGAGGAUGAAGACGCGCGCAAGAUGACCGACAAGGCGUCCCCCACGGAGCUUCUCGUGUACCGCGGGCAGUCACCAGAGCGAGAAACAUCUCGAGUGGUGCAGGGCGAGGACACGCUCGACAGAGUCCCUAUCCGUAACGACACGCGCGACACCAGCUUUGUCACCGCCGCAGGCCCCCAUGUGAGGCCCGACGCAGCGGGAGACAGCAUCGCCACUCGCGAAGAAUUCGAUCAACUUCGCGGCAAAGUAGACACUCUCCAACAAAGUAUUGGGCGGUGCUGCGACCUGCUUGAGGACCUGAAGGCUCACUUUCUCAAAGGCACGGACGCGCAGUCGCAACUGCAAAACUGGUCGACUAUGGGGACCAUGCCCUCCGGUCAUUUCGGCUGUCUCGAGAAGUCGCAAAGCGACAGUCAGAUAGGAAACAUGUUCAAAGGCACGGAGUCUGCAGCAUACGCGGCUGGAAUUACCUCUGUACGGGGAACCGAUACAAUGAUAAACACUAGCCCAGCCGAUUCAUUAGGAACGACCGUCACUGCAGAAUCUCCAAAAUGCACUGUUUUGUCCGCUGUAGGGGGCAAAAAUGUUGGCACAGACCUCUUCCCGCACCCUGACGCGCUGGCGAAACGAAUUGGCGAGCAGUCAGUUUGCAGUGGAGACAAUCGAGCUCUGAGCGCCGGGAACGAGGGCGCGUUGGGCUGGGGUCAAAGUAAAGGGGUAGGCGCGGAGUUCCAGGCAGCCUCGUGA